UUGUCAGACUCAAAUCCGAGGGAGAGGAGCUAGCCGCCAUUUUCUAAGCGUCUCUCCCUAAAACGAGAGAAAAAGCCUCGCGUCAAACUGCCAUCGGGAUUACCUCUCGCUUACUGGGAAUCGGACUUUCUGCCACAGGAUUGCCGUGAAAUCGCCUACAUUUGAAGUAAUUCGGCGUGGGAAGGACUGUUCCACGGCCUUGUCUUAUAUUCGCGGUGGCGGCGAGGCGAGCUAGCAGCCGAGCAAGGUGUAGAUCGUUGAUUCGCCCAUUGCUCGAAUCCGGAACGAAGCCGAGCGAGCGAGCGGCGCCGCGAACCGGGCCCCUUUUCCGCACCCUCGGCUGCAUUUUUCCCCCCCUCUCGGACUAAUUAAUGGCAGAGUGAUCGAGUCGGAGGUUUUUUUCGCGCGUGUGUGCCAGCACCCUUUUGGUUUUUUCCACUAAAACUGCAGGGGAUUGUUGCCGAAAUUCCCUCGGAUAGUGCAACCUCGUCACGUGGCUGUCCUCAGGUGGGGCAGUAAGCGGGUGGUGUGGAGCAGGCCGCGGUGCCCGUCCCUCUGCACUGCAUGGCUGCGAUGGCGCCCGCUCUCACCGACGCCCCAGCCGAAGCUCACCACAUCCGCUUCAAACUGGCUGCCCCAUCCUCAAGUCUCUCACCGGCCAGUGCAGAGAACAACGGUAACGCCAGCAACAUCCUCAUCCAUAGCAGCGGCCCCGCUAAGUGCAAGGCCACCUCCGAAGAGUGCCCUCUCGACUUCUGCGGCGGCGACCAGGAACAGCAGCAACAGCAGCCCCAAGCCGACUCUGUGUCCCAGGCUUCGGCCCUGGGCAAACUCCAGCCACUGGUGGCUUCUUAUCUAUGCUCUGAUGUGACACCUGUUUCUUCAACUAAGGAGUCAAUCAAGCUGCAAGGAGUCCUCAUCAAACAGUCUGUGUUGAAAAGCCACAGAAUACUGCCCAGCUCCCUGCUCAACGGCGGAGGAGACUUCCUCUUGAGGAAGAGGCAGGCGAUUGAACUCUCUGGCGGCCAGCUCAAAAGCCUCAUGAGUGGCAGCACCAACGGAAGUGGCCAGCCCAUGGCACCUGUCAACGGCCUGGCCAAGAAGCUGGCCACUAUGUCUGGCUCUGGCUGUGUGGUCGCAGUGAACGGUGACAAGCCCUCUGCUGCCACAGACUCUCAGUCCCAGAACCUACCCUUGGACUCUGAGACCUUGACAGCGACCUUAUCAGGGCAUAUCCCGGUAAAAGGAACCCUUAAACAGAAGCAUUCCUCUGGGGUUUCUCAAAAUACAGAUGGAAAAAACCUUGAACCACCAGUGCUCCAGUCAGUUGCACUUUCCCCCUUUACCCACAACAACCCUAACCCCACUGAACAAGUGAGUUUGGAGGAGGCUGAUUCACAAACGCCUACUAGUCAGCCACAGGGUUCUGAUAGGGAGAGACCAGGCAGCAGCCAGCAGGGAUCCCCGCCUUGCACCCCUGCACCUCAGCCUCCUCUGCCCUGUACUUCUUCCUCGGACAGCCUCGAUGCUCACGUUAGAGAACGCACCCUUCUCAACAGCAGCCGCCAAGCUGAGAUCGAAAACCGGCUACGGCGCCUGCGCAAACGUCUUCAGGUGGUACAGGCUAAGCAGGUGGAGCGGCACAUCCAGCAACAGCUGGGUGGCUUCUUGGACUCAGCUCUCAACAGGCUACUAGCUGGUAACCGCAAAUCGGAGGCGGCGACCCCCACGGCCACAUGGAGGACUGGACGCCACUCCUCGUCAAACAACAGAGACGGCCUGAGUCGCUUCCUGAAAAGCGGCUCCAUGCCCUUGGAACUGGAGAGGCUGUAUUUGAGCGGAUCGGCCAACCUUCAUUCUGCAGAAAGCGCCUUUGACUCAGAUGUAACAGAAAGUAGCUCUGGAGGGGACUCUGACCUGGAGGAGGAGGAGCUGUCCAGAGUGGACAUUGAGCAGCGACAUGUCAAAAUAUGGAAGCGGGCAGAGAGCCGCUACACCGUGGAGAGAGCUGCUAUAAUCAGCCACUGGAACUGGCUCCAGGCCCACAUCUCGGACCUGGAGUACCGCAUCCGACAGCAGACCGACAUCUACAGACAGAUCCGCGCCAGCAAGGGCUCAGUAGAGUUGGGAGGUGUCGCCCCCAGUGCUGUGCUCGCCGGUGGGACAGAAGUGAAGACUGAGCCUGUAAAUACUCAGGAUGUUGGUUCAGAACGGCUGGAGCACACAGGCGCCGCCCACAUCACCAACACAGAGCAGUCGGGCCCUUGGAAAGGUCAAAACGGGCAGCCAGUUAACGGCGUCCUCAGCAGGAUGGCGGAGAGUGCGGACACCAAGCACCAGCAGCCGUCGGCCUACGACAGCACAUGCGUGGCCGCUCGUACACGACCACUAGUCAGCUGCCGACGACGGCGGCUCAUUCAGCCCAACACUGUGCCCAACCUCAACGGCAAGGCCCAGAGGAGCAGCUGUGUCCAGUGUAGCUGCCGGGUGAACCCCAGCUGUGUGAUGUGUGGUGGCUGGUCCACCCCCAGAGAGGACCCUCAGUAUGAGCAGCCCACCCUGGAGCGCCUGUCAAGACUGGAUCUUGGCGUCCACCCCAUCCUCUCCUUCCCUGACGACGUUUGUAUAGGUCUACGUCUGCAGCAGGUGAUGAAGACCCAGUGGCAGACCAAGUCGCUGGAGAGGAGCAAACCACUGAAGAAGCUCUCGCUCAAACACAAGCUGUCCUCGUCCAAAGAGAAGCACAAGUUCACCAACUCGCUCAUGGCAGUCAGACUGGGCCACUAUAAGAACCGCGCUGAGAAGCCGAGGACGGUGGACAGCAGCGUUGGCGGCGGUGGCGGCAGCAGCAGUGCAGUUCUGAACACGGCGAGGCUGGAAGGCCAGGCGCUGUGUAAAACGGAGCGUCUGCAGACCGUCACCACGCCUCUCGGGCCCUACGACAAGAACUACAGUCGCAAGAGAUUAAGAGAGCACUCGCUGGACAGGGCUGACUCCUCUCCGAAACUGUUCCUGGACUCGAGCAGCUCCUGCCCGACUCUGGCCAACAUGCACUCGUCCCUCCACAGCCCCCUGACUCGCCAGCUGUCCACGUCCUCAGAGAACUCCACGCCGCUGGGCCCCGGCAGCCAGAGCGUCCCCAGCACACCUCAGCAGCCAAUCAAGAGGAGGCGAGGCGAGAGCUCCUUCGACAUCAACAACAUCGUGAUCCCCAUGUCUGUGGCCGCCACCACCAGAGUGGAGAAGCUGCAAUACAAGGAGAUCCUCACACCCAGUUGGCGCUCUGUGGACAUCCUCUCACAGCCCAUAACUGAAGACGAGAACGAACGGGAGCUGGAGGAUCUGUCAGACGCUGCCUUCAUCCAGCUCCAUCAGCCCUACGAGGACCAGGAACGAACCCGCUGGACCUGGAUGGCUCUGGCUCCAGCUAAGAGGAGGGGCAGCAGGUCGUACAAGUCGGUGGACGGUCGGACCACGCCGCUGCUGUGUGGGACCAACCCUCCCACCCCUCAGCCGGCGUCCCCGGACCCCGGCCAGUGCCCCAUGCUGCACGACUACGGCCACGUGCCGUCGCCCAUGAGCCCGGCCAGCCCCGACACCGCCUCCAACCCCCACACGCCCUGCUCCAGAGACUCCCACCGGCUGCUGUCCAGCGAGGACACCAGGUGCUCCACGCCAGACUUCACCUUCGAAGAACGAACGGUGGCGCCGUGGGAGAGUCGCAGCUUCCCCCUGCCAGAGGACCCGGCCCCGGAGCCCGAGGCCGACGGCGACCUCCACAUCAGGCCCCGAAUGCGCAGCAUCUCAGGUUGCCGAGCGACGGCCUACGGACGCCUGGACUCGGACGACACGGAGCCGCCCGGCGACGACGACCAGAAACCCAAGAGCUCCGCCCACCGAUGAAUGACGGCCGACCCCGACACAAACACAUCCUCUCUGGCAUUAACGAGCAGAACCUCAGCAGAAGAGAUGAAAUGGGUUCCUGUUGUUUGAUAUUCAAACAUCAGUCUAAUACUUUCACAGUUUUUAGUGAACAUUACGGAGAUAGAAGCCUUUCCCUACACUUGUUUUUGUCACAGGAAAAAACAAAAAAAAACACAUAAAUGUAAAAAAAAAGUAUAAAAGAACACGUUACAAAAAAUGAUUUGUGUAGUAGGCUAAACAAUGUACAUGGGGGCUUAGUGGUGUUUCAUAUGUGGCGUACACUCGUAGCGCACUAUGUAGCGGACUCCAAAAACAUGGCCAAAGGGUGUUUUUCUAUCGACUAGUUUGCUUGUAAUUCCCAUGUACAUUUUUAGUGGAGUGACAAAUAACAAAACAAGAAGAAAAAAAAAGGCCCCUCCUCACCCCUCCUCACCCACAUACAACAGGUACAUUAGCGAUGCCGUUCCCUCCGUCUCCUCUAGAGGUCGCCUCAAACCACCAGAGCACUUCUCCAACUGCCAAGUCUAGUUUGUUUGUUUGUUUCGGCUUUCUUUGUUUGUUUUUCCUCCAUUCCUGACCUGUUUUUGUUUAUCUUGUUCAGCAUCUUUUUUUUCUUUUUUCUAAAGAUAGUAAAUCAUUCCUUGACAGUCUCUUUGGAGAAACUCUUCCUCCUCCUGAGUAUGUUUGUUUUAAGGCGGCGCUGGUUAAAGCGGGGCGUAAAUCUGAGCAGGAAGCUGCUGACAAACAGUCCGAUCGCCACUUCCACGGGGUAAGAAAGAGAAUAAAUUGCAGCUGAUUUCAACCCUUAACCGAGGCAGAAGAAGCACGAUAACUCCCCUCCUCCUCCUUGAACCCCCUCCUUGCUCCUCUUGGGUUAGUUUUAAGCGGGGUGUAAAUCUGAGCACCUGCCCAACAGGAAGUUGCUGCUGCUGCAUGCCGACAAACAGGCCGAGUCUGAUCACGACUUCACUGGAUGAAAAAGAAAAUAAAUCGCAGUUGAUUUCACUCGUUAACUGGCAGAAGAAACACGAGAACUCCCCUCCUUCCUCCUCCUCUUCCUCCUCUUCCAGCUCCACAGGUUUUAAACAUUUCAGAUGUAGCAGCUCUCACCUAGAAGCCACCCCGAGCUCAGGUUCUUCAAGGGAAUCAUUUCUGCCGUUCACUGGUUUCAAUCACAUUUAACUGGUUUUCCUGCCCUCCCUUUCCCGUCUCCCCCGUUCCCUCCUCCUCCACCUUAAGUAACUAAUUGCUAUGCAAAAAAAAUCUAUGGUUGGUUUUUUUUCAUUUUACACCUCUUUUUAUGCCACAGCCAUUCAGUCACUGUUCUUUUUGUUUUUUCUUUUGUAGUUAAAGCGAGAUGUGAACGUACCUGUUCGAUUGUUGCAGCAGUUAUAACCUAAUCAAAAAGCAGAAUUGGUUUUUCUUUUUUGUAAAUAGUACCAUUAAAACAUUUAUGUUUAACUUGG